UGUGAGUGAGUGUGAGUGUGUGAGUGCGUGGUCGACGUGCGACAAAAAAAACCCCAGCAGUGUGUGUGUAUGUGUAUGUGCAACGCUGCAACAACAUCUGUGGACAGGACACACACACAGACACUCAGUCAGCCGCUGGGUUCUCCUCCCACUAUGCUCGAGACACACGGCAGCGUGGAUUGGAGUGUAGUGUUUUCCGGAAGAGAGGGGUGUGUGAGAUGGGACACAUCUCGGGUCAGCAGCUGAUCCCGCCACACAUCUAAGCCGAGGAGGAGCCCGUGUGUGUGUGUUCGUGUGUGUGGAUGUGGAUGCCAGUCUGUCAGAGGGAAUCCGCGACAGACACCGCGCGUCCGUACGGGACAUCCCUCCCUCCCUCUCCCACUCCCACUCCUGAUCCCUUUACAUGGAGCAUUAGAGGGACUCAAACACACCCGAUCUCGCGUUUGGCUGUGGUGAGGCCCUGAACCUUCUGAGUCGUAAGCUGACCCAGGUCCCGUGGAUGCUGGUGGGCAACCUUCAGUAUUCUGCCCACCACCUGCUCCUGCACCGCUGCCGUCUCCCCGCUGGCCAUGGCUACGGGCAGUGACCCCGGCUCCGAGAGGCCAGACCUCGACUGUGCCAGUCAGACCGGCGGUCUCGCGGACACCGUGGCUGCCAUGACAAUGAAAGACCCAGAAGGUUCGACUGCCAACGGCGUGAAGAACGGCGGGUCUCAGCCGGACGGGGCUCAGGCCAAGAGGACUCGGCCGCCGCGGCCACAACUCACUGGAAGGAAGUUGUCUCUACAGGAGAGAGGCACUUACCUGUCAUCGGGCUCGGGGGGAGGCUACACCCACAUCUCCCCCCGCGUUGCCCGCAGACCCACAGUGGAGUCGAAACGUGUGUCUAUAUCAGACUCUCAGGACUGUAUCCAGUUGAACCAGUACAAGCUGAAGAGUGAAAUUGGAAAGGGCUCCUAUGGUGUGGUCAAACUCGCCUACAACGAAGAUGAUGAUAAACAUUAUGCCAUGAAGGUGGUGUCCAAGAAGAAGUUAAUGAAGCAGUGUGGGUUUCCACGUCGUCCGCCCCCGAGGGGACCCAAGGCAGCCCAAGGGGAGCAGCCUAAAAUCUUAGGACCUUUGGAGAGGGUCUAUCAAGAGAUUGCCAUCCUGAAAAAAUUGGAUCAUGUCAACAUUGUGAAGCUGGUGGAGGUGCUGGAUGAUCCCGCAGAGGACAACCUGCACAUGGUGUUUGAGCUGAUGCCAAAGGGUCCAGUGAUGGAGGUGCCGACAGACGAUGCUUUGUCAGAGGAGCAGGCGAGGUUAUACUUCAGAGACGUCAUCCUGGGCAUAGAGUACUUGCACUACCAGAAGAUCGUCCACCGGGACAUCAAGCCAUCCAACUUGUUACUGGGAGAUGACGGCCACGUGAAGAUUGCAGACUUUGGGGUCAGCAACCAGUUUGAGGGCAAUGAUGCUUUGCUGUCCAGCACAGCCGGUACUCCAGCCUUCAUGGCUCCAGAGACCCUGUCGGACCAGCGCAAGAGCUUCAGUGGAAAGGCUCUGGACGUGUGGGCCAUGGGAGUUACCCUCUACUGUUUCGUCUUUGGGAAGUGCCCAUUUAUUGAUGAGUACAUAUUGGCUUUGCACAACAAGAUAAGGACCAAGCCUGUGGAGUUCCCAGAAGCACCGGCGAUCAGUGAAGAGCUGCGGACCUUAAUCUUGAGGAUGCUCGACAAGAACCCGGACACCAGGAUCACCAUACCGGAGAUCAAGAUGGAUCAGUGGGUGACCCAGGGAGGCAUCGACCCUCUGCCUCUGGAGGAGGAGCACUGCUCUGUGGUGGAGGUGACGGAGGAGGACAUCCAGAAUUCUGUCAAGUUUGUUCCCAGCCUCUCUGCGGUGAUCUUGGUGAAAGCCAUGCUGAGGAAACGCUCCUUCAGUAACCCGUUCGAAUGCCCCAGCAGAAGAGAGGAGAGGUCCAUGUCUGCACCGGGCAGCCUGCUCAUGGAUUCGUGGCCAUUCAGGCCCUCUUUAAAGCUUCACCCCUCUCUCAGAAAGAGCAGCACUGGAGAUGGACCCAGAGAAGGAGAACUGGAGGAUCUGAAUGAAGACGAGCCCUCCUCUUGAGUCUCCCUUCAACUGAGUUUUGAAUCCAUGCUCUUUACAUCCCUUCGCUUGAACCACUGUGCGCUCGCCUCAGGCUUGCUUUCAUUUUUUUGCUUCCAAUCCCUUUAAAAAGAAAAGAAAAAAAAAAAUCCAGCUUCCUUCUUCACUGUGGAGUUUCUGGGCACGAGGCUUGAUCUGCAAGGUCGAUUGUCUUUCCUACUCAGCCUCGUACUAUUGUCUUCGGCAUCAGUGAACCAACUAAAGGAACUUUCCGGGUUGUGAACAGUUCAAGUUGUUGUUACAGGAAAAGAGAAGAAAAUAUUUGUCAAAUUCACAGUUUUGUGGCAGGAAAAAAAACCCUGGCUGAAACUUAAUUUUUUCUCAACGCAUAUGCAUGGUUGAAUAGUUAUGCCGCAUAAUCAUCAGACUUUUCACAGCCACGUGUCACCAAAAAAAAAGAAAAACCUCCCUCCUCUUUCAUGCUCAUCACAGACUUCAGCAUGGAAAUGACUCUUCGAUUGCCUCCUCAGUGAAGUACAGGGCUUUUGAUUUCUGAUCAGAGAUCAGUCAUUUUAAUAUUUGUACAUAUGCGUCCCCUCGUAAUGACUUGGUCUCGCCGCCCUGUUAUGCAUGUGCCAUCAGCUCAAGCUUUUAUUUUGAAGUGAAUGGAAGGGCUUCUUGUGCUGCCUUCACUGACCUGGUGGAACAAUAGGACAAAGGACCUCAGCUGUCUGAAAGAAGUCAGAACACGUUUGUGUUCCUACUCGCUAUGUUUUUGUCUUCCCAUCCUUAAUUGAUUGAUUCCCUCUGAUUUCAGUUUAAUCCAGAUUAGAAGGCACAAGUUCUUAUCGUGGUAGAGGAGAUGAGAAGAUAGGUAACACAGUGUAUGUCACAGAUAUUGGCUUUGUCGAUCACAGUGGGUCACAGUGGGUGUACUUUAUCUUGAGCAAAGAACAUUAACAACCUUAAAUGAUUACAUUUGUGAAAAAAAAUCACAAUUUAGAAGAUGUAAAACAUGCAACUAGAAUUUGGGACAGAACAGGCUGUGAAUUGAAUUCAAAAUUGUCGAUUUUCAUCAAACAGUGAAACUAAUAUUUCAGUUAAAAAUGUUUCCUUAAUCAAUGAAAACAUAUGAUGGUCAUUUCAUGACUUAAUGCAUACAUCCUUUAAUUUGUUAUAUAUUUUUUCUAUGCCCAAAACUAAAUUUCACAUGAUGCCUGUGUGUGGUUCUAGUAUCUGGGAAUGACUGCGUGAGAAUUUAACACAGAUUGUAGUCGUGCGUUAAGGUACUAAACUAAACCAAGUACUAUAAAUGUUUUGAUUUUCAACACUGUUUUCAGUAGUAAAUAUGAAGAAUGUAGUAGGGGAGAUUCAGACGGCUUCACAACAGCAGGAAAGUGCGAGUGAAGGGUAUAGUGGCUCUCACUGGCUCACUGUGUGAAUUUAAUGGAGAUCUGAGAGAGCUAUGUUCUCAUGCGACAACCUUGUUUUCAGGGUGGGAGGAAACCCACGCACAAACUUGCGAACUCGAACACAGCACCUUCUUAUCUAUCAGUCAGAUCUGAUAGUAUUGCUUGAUGGAGCCAGUUCUCAGAUGAAGGAGGCAGAAUAAUAGUAUCAACAACUGCAAAGAAAAAAUCCCAAAGAGUUGCAGACAGCUGUGUAAUAUUCACAUAUGACCCCCAUCCACACCAAAGUAAUGUUUUGCACAGUCUUGAUAAUUAUCCGAUAAUUAAUUGAUAAUUAUCUGAUAGAGCUUGGAAAUAUUGGGAGAAUGAGAUAAAAAAAAACAACCUGCAACUAAGCUGACUUUACUCAGUGUGAGCAUUUCUGCAGCUCUGCCUCAGAUAAAUGUUUAAAUAAUUAAAUUCCUCCCCCUUUUUUUUGCGUACUUGGCAUGUUGCCCCCAUGAGUGUGUGUGUGUGUGUGUGUGUGGCUGGCAGAGGCUCUGAUUGCUGCAGCCUCAGUGAAAAGAAGCAUUUCAAUGUCAUUACGAGACUCAGGCUGCCAACAAUAACAACGGAUCCACAUCCACUCCAGUGCUGUCCCAAGUGUGGCUGAUCACAAACAGCGAGUGCAGUUCUCUCCAUUCGUCUCCUCCAGUGAAGGACACUUACUGAGGCACAAAGAAUGGAAAUGGAGUGGUGGAAUCUGAAUACAAAAAAAAAAGAAAGUCUUACACAUGUUACAUUUUUGAGCAUUUUAGGAGUCGGAGGAAUCUAGAUCUUUUUAUGUUUUUUUUUAAUUGUAUGAUGCAGGAAGAUUUGUACAGGAUGAAACAAUAUGUAAUUGUGUUUGUGUGGCUUUAUGUGUGAAGGUAUUGGUCGUUCAUUUUGUUUAUUUCUUGUCUGUGCUGAGAAUCUGUGAGUGAAAAUAGAGGCGGGAGGCGCUGAGGCGUGUUUACAGUAACCUUCAGUGAAGGGCUGAUUGAACCAAAAAGUAUGGAACAGUGUUUUCUGUUUGUGUCUUUUUUAUCUUGUUGUUGCCAGCUUUACAUUCAUGUGUUUAUACAGACAUUGUUGAUGGUGUCACAGGUGCAAUAUUGUUGUCAUCUUAAUCAUGUGUACAUUAUUGUCUCAUCCACCCCCUGGUGACGCAGCACUCAGGGUCGAUCAUCCUCUUCGUCUUUGUGUUUUAGGUAACCCUUAUUACAAUUGAACUAAAACAUUGCUUAAAUAUACAUGUUUGCACUCUUUA